UACCAAAGACGUGUAUUAACAAACAUAGAAAGCAUCGUGCUCAAGUGAAGCCAAACGGAGAAGAAUUGGCACGUAUUAGUCUCCGGUCGAUCCAAUUAAGUCUACUAGCGACUAGCACCGCUAUCACUUUAGAACAAGGCAAUG